CGGGAGCGGCGCUGUGGCGAGGGCAGCAGCGCCAGCCGCGGCCGCUCCCGUAACCAAGGCGCUGCCUUGCAUAGACACACAGACAGAGACGGGCUGACAGACACGCAGCGCGGAGCGGCGCGGGCUUGGGGGCCGCCUUUGCAGCGCCUCUCCUCCCUGCACCAUGCUCUGCUCCAGGCAGCGCCCGCCCGCCGCUCCUUGAGAGCAGCUAGCUCCGCGCCUAGCUAAGCGGGCGACUGACACCCGGCUCCCCCCCGCCCCCGGUUACCUGAGUUAGCUCCGUCCCGGGGACUUUCGCAGCGCCUCCGCCCGCUCCCGCUGUGGCAGCCCUUAGGCGGCGGGGGAGCGAGCUGCCAGCAGCCGGAGGGACUGCAGCCGCCGCCGGCGAAGAGGAGCUCGAGCCCCCGCCUCCGGAGCUCUUCAUGGCGUCUCACCAGCAGACCAGGAUCCAAGCCUACCUGGAGAAGAAUAAGAUCGGUCCCCUCUUCGAGGAGUUGAUGACCAAACUGAUAACAGAGACACCUGACCAGCCAAUCCCAUUUCUAAUUGAUCAUCUUCAGUCCAAACAGGGGAACCGCCAUCAGCUUCAGAGAACGUUGUCUGGCUCUGCUGCCCUUUGGGCAGAGAGUGAAACAUCAGAAAAUAAAGGAACAAGAAGAGAUUUUAGAAGUUAUGAUAAGCCUUGGCAGGUAAAUGCAAAAAAGCCCAAAAAGUCGAAGAGCGACCUUGCUGUGUCCAACAUUUCUCCACCAUCACCGGAGUCCAAGUCAUUGCCAAGGUCAAUAGAGCAUCCUAAAUGGGAUUGGAAGACAAAACCGGAGAACCAUGAUUUUGAUGAACUAAAUCAUAUUCUUCAAGAGAGCAAAAAACUUGGAAAAGCCCUUGAGAAUCUGUCUCGCAGCAUUGCUGUUUCUGAUGAACUUGAGAAGGACACAACAGGUUUUAAUACCCCCCUUCUCAGACCUCGUGUGAUUGGAGAAUGGGUUGGCCGUGAAGAGAAUGAUGCAGACCCUCUGGCUGCUGAGAUGCUACAGCCACCAAUACCAAGAAAUAAAAAUGAGCAGUGGGACAGUGAGGAUAGCAGCAGUCCUGGAGGAAGCUUAAAAAUGGAGCCAAAGACCAAAGGACUAAAACAUCAACAGCAGCAACAUAAGAAACUGCUGGCUGCCAUGCUUUCUCAGGACUCCUUUGAUUCUGCUCAAAGCACAGCUCCAUCUGUAACCGAAGAAGAUAUUGACAAUGAAGAUGAUGCAAUGGAACUACUGGAGGAUCUUGAUGAUCUCAGAAUGGAAGGAGUAACAAGCGUGAUGUCUUCUGGGAACAAAUUCAAUCAGACUCGAAGUGCUCAUACGGCUGAGCCUCAAGCAAAGGUCACAUUGAAUAUCUGUGCAAGAUGUGCCAGAUUGCAAGGGGAUAAUUUGGCAGAAGGGCCAGAAGAUGUCUCCAUGGUAUCUCAGGCAUUGGAGCCAGCAGUGUCAGACUCUGAUGCUCAAGUACCCGGAGUUGAAACACUUACAGAAGCUAUUGAUGAAUUUCAGAGUGCCUCUCAAGUGGCAGGAUCUUCUCAGACAGUUUGGACCUUGGACACUAUGGGUGUCAGACCUGGAGGUUCCCCAAGACAGAAACUCCUAAAAGACUCCUUAGCAGCAAAAGAACUUCAGACCAUGGAAAAACACCUAGCUGACAUUGAGAAGGACCUAGCAUUAUGGGAAGAAGCAAGGCUCUCAAGAAACCCUGGUGUCCAGCAUCACAGUGUAGUUACAUCUGACAAUCAAAGCAAUCUUCAAGUUUCACAGGGCCAAACCCCAAGGCCUCAGGUGCCAACUCCCACAGGGAAGAACAUUCAGCUCCAAGGAAACAAAUCACCACCGCUGCCCACCAACAGCAGAACACAGGUCUCCAGUGUUGCAAACAGUAGACCUUCCACACCUGGUGCAAAAACCAACAGGCCAUCAACUCCAGGGAGCAGACCUGUGACUCCAAAUAGCUUGUUGUCACGGCCUCUUGUCCCUAGCAACCAAGGAAAUAGGGAAAGCAUCAUUAGUAUACAAAGAAGCAGAUCUUUGACAUCUAAGAGCCAAAUCGGGAGGACCCUCAGUGCUGCUUCAGGGCUCUCUGUGCAAGUGAGUGGAGAUGUUGUUGGAACUGUCACUACUCAGAGAAACAGUUUAUCAGAAGAUGCAUUCUUACUACAGCUUCAACUUCCUAAUCAACCUUGGAUAUUGCUGAGUGACACAGAAAGUGAAGGAGUGGAAGCUGACCAAGACAAAUGAAGCUGUAAAGAGCAAUGAGGUCACCCCUGAGCCUCCUUUUCUCUAAACUAAACAAGUCCAAAGUCCUUAGCCACACCACAUAGGUAAUCCUUCCAGCCCUUUUGCCAGUUUUGUUGCCCUCCUCUGGAAACAUUCAAGGACCUUCACAUCCUUCUUAAAUUGUGAGGCCCAGAACUGCCACACAGUGUUUCAGGUGAGGCUGCACCAAUACUGAACACAGCAGGAUAAUCACCUCUUCUGAGCGGCUUGUGAUGCUGUGUUUGGUGGACUCCAGGACAGGGUUUGCCCUCUUGGCUUCAGGACACACUGCCAACUCCUACCAAGCCUGCUGCUGACCAGCAUCCCCAGAUCCCUUUCUGCAGGGAUGCUCUCCAGCCACUCCUCUCCCAGUUUAUACUUGUGCCUGCCAUUAAUCUGCCCUAGGUGCAGAAUCUGGUAUUUCAACUUGUUAAACUUCAUGCUAUUAAUCACUACCCAAUGCUCCAAUCUAUCUAGAUCCCUCUGCAUGACCUCUUGUCCCUCAAGAGAGUCAGCAGCACCUCCCAGUUUGGUAUCAUCAGCAAACUUGGUAAUGGUGCAUUCAACUCCUGCCUGCAGGUUGUUGAUAAAUGUAUUGAACAGAACUGGCCCUAAAAUUGAGCCCUGAGGAACACCACUGGUGACCGGUCACCAGCCAGAUGUAGCCCCAUUCACUACAACCCUUUGAGCUCUGCCCUUCAGCCAGUUCUUCACCCAGCACAGCGUGAACCCCUUCAUCCCACAUCUGGACAAGUUGUCCGGAAGGAUAUUGUGAGGGACAGUAUCAGAAGCCUUACUAAAAUCCAGAAAAACUGCAUCCACCAAUUUUUAUUCAUCCACUGGGUGGGUGACCUUUUCAUAGAAGGAUAUCAAAUUAAUUGAACAGGACUUUCCCUUUGUGAACCCUUGUUGACUGCAGUUAACUGCAGUGUAAUUAACUCAUGCACCCUCUGUAGGAGGUCACUGUUUCUAGUAAUAUAACUAAAGGAAUAGAACAAAAAUCCUUUAUCAAAGUAAUACUUUCUGUAUCUGAAAUCUAAUAAUGAUGACUGUCAUUAAAAAUAACUAAUUGUGUUAUCCUCUCCAUUUGAGAUUGUGUGCUAGUGUCAUGGGCAAGAAAGUGCAGAACUGCCACCACUGGCAAAGGAGAGGCUGCAAAUUCCUGAUUGUAAAGUGGAGUCAGUAAGGGGCUUGGUAUACUUGGUGAUGCCAGUGCUUGUAGGUAGAGCAGCUGGCAAGAUUACACAUAAUUUUUCACCCUAAAGUAAUAAAUCUGUGUGAAUGCUGUGUGUGUGAUUUAGUGUUGAAAGGGCCCAGGAGUUCAUAAUUUGUGAGUUUGAGCAGAAGAGCUGCAAAAUUAAUCUUUACAAUAGCAACACCUGUUCUUUGACUCAGCUUUUAAUAAAUUAGAUGUGGAUAUUAUUUAGCACAUUCUUUGAUUACUUUGAGAUAAUAGCAGUCAGGUGUAAAACUAGUUUUUGGUAGUGGGAAAACUAACAAUUCAAAAAGAAAAGCUGUUUGGGUCACCUUGAGUUCUUAUAAAUUAAUACCUUCUGGUUAGUGUUCUACAAGAAAAAGAAUGAAAAAUGAAGGGGGAACAGUUUCAAAUGUAUUCAGAUUUAAGAGUUUAGAGAGGCUAUUUUCAAAGCAAGUCAUAACUGAGCGGAACUGGGUCGCUUUGGCAUCUCAACAUGUCCUGACAAACAUCAUUUGCAAAACAGAUACAACAGUGCAUAUCUUGUCUUAUGGAAAUGAGAUCUACGUUCUCAGUUCUUGUAAAUCAGACUUUACAUUUUAAAUCCUCCAGGCUCUUUGACAGCAUUUUAAAUAUUUGUCAUUAUCAGCAAGAUCCAGUGAUAACUGAAAGUCAAUAAUUUUUAAACCUGCAUACCAGUUAUAACAAAAUUUGAAAUCAAAUAGGUACACAUAUAAAAGAGAAUAAAUUAUUCCAUCUUAAAAGAUUUGUUAUGCUAAAGAAGGAAAGGAAAACAUUUUCAAGAAGCAUUAUUGAUUUUUUUUAGCAUACUCCCCCCUUUUCCUCUUUAUGCACUAAUUAAGUUUGUGGUCAUAAGUCAGAGAAAGAGAUAAAUGUAUAAUUAUUUUCUCUGUUAAUGUAAAUUUUUUUAUUGAAAGAUAGGAAUUAACACAUGCUUUUAAGAGCUAUUAUAAUUUAGUGACUAAAUCUCUUCUGCUUGCUAAAUGUAUUCUCCUUUGAAACUCUCUACACACUUAGCAAAGAGAGGUAAAUAUCACCAAGAAAAUAUGAUCCAAAAUCAAGGACUUGUGGUUGUUUUUUAGAGUCACUAAAAAUUUCUGUAGACAGAGCCUCACGUGUGUUCUUCCUCAGCUGUUGUUCUGAAGACAGUUUCCCAUUACUAUCUGCAGUAAUUUGCUUGUGUGCUGAUUCUCUGCAAAGAGGUUUCAAAAAAUGCAUACAGCUUUUUCUUGGAAAAAGGAAGGAUCAGGAGAAAAUAUUUACCAGUUGCACAGUCCUUCAGUUUGAUGAAAAUUCUUGGAGUUGGCAAAAAUAAUUUUCUUCUUUGUGGGAUACUGAUGCACAGAAACAGAAGAGCUGCAUCUACAACCACCAGAACACGUCUUAGCCAACUUUUAUGAGAAUAAGUUCGGCCUUUCUGGAGACUAUCAAGAGUCAACUUGUAUUUCCCUUUAAAAUAAGUCCUACUAAUAUUACUGGUUGGAAAUUUUUAAAGCAUCACUAGCUUCCAAGAACCUUGAAAAGACAAAGACAGUCUUUUGGUGUAUUUUGACCUACUGUCUGUAGUCUUGGCAAGGGUUUGCUGCCCAAAAGCGUAAGCCUGCUUUCUUGGGUGCCUAACUCAAGAAGUUACCACACAGCAGAUCUCCCCAGGUCCCACAACCUUGGAUGUAAAGUAUCCCUCUCUCCAGUCAGUCCAUUGAGCAGAUGUACAUGAUAGGUGAAUAACUCAGAUUCUUGAAAAACUUGCUACUCAGUUAAUCCAUAUUAAAUGUAUAUAUAAUCAUAGCAUGUUAAAGGUUGGAAGGGACCUUAAAAAUUGCAUGUGUAUAUAACAUUCCUUUGUACUAAUCCACUUAAGGCAUGUCAUUUUCUGUGGUCAAUGGCACACAAAGUCAUGUGGCUACUACCACUUCCCUCCAAUUUCAACUUGCCAACAGAAGCACUAGAUGCUCAUUUCCAGCUUGGCUGAUCUGGGACAAGGCUUUAACCCUCACCAGCAUAAAUUUAAAUGUUUUGUGGCUAUACAUCUGCAAAUUCUUUUCUAAGGUUCACAGUGAAAAGUCUACUGCUGAUAAAUCAACAGAUUGUUGGGAAAAAGUGUGAUUUCCACUUCAUUCAUUCUGCACUGGUCUUGAAACUCUGCAGUCAAAGACACUCUGCUGAUGACUUCAACAGGUAUUGAAUAAAACAUUCACUUUCACAUUCUGCACAAAUGUCCACCUAGCAGAAAGACAGGGUUUUUUUGCAGAAUGAAGAAAUUCAGACUGUGUUCCAUUAAAUUUCCAAACCAUGCAGUAUUUGUCCAUGGGUUAAUUCCUUACACUGAGCAAAUUCACAUGCCUUAACAGUCAGUUUUUCUUAAUUAUGAAAGUAAGUGUUCCUAAGAUUUGGAAAAAUGCUUAAUCGGAGUUAAUAAGAACAACAAGGAGUUUACUGCUGUAGUAUGUUUUUGCUGUGGAAGUUUGCUUUUGCUAGAGUCAGGUGAUAUGCAGCAUGAGUAACAAUGACAGAAUCAGGCUUAGAGUAGCAACUUGACUGCCAACUUUAUGACAUUCCAUUCAAUUUCUGUCAGUCAAAUUCAGCUAUUUAUAUUUGUGUUCUACUCUGAUGGAGUAUAGCUGUACUAGAAACAUCUCUUGCAGUGGGUUUUAGUUUAGGAUAGCGCUAGAUGUGGUUUCUCUAGGGAGUAAGGUAGUUAUGAGGCAUGGCUCAAACAUAUUAGUCAAUUAUGUGUCUGGUUACUAAGAACAUAAUUGUUGUGUUUGGAAUUUUUUCUCAGUGAAUAAUAAAUUCAAUUUUUUUGUCCAGAAGGGAAUCUUUCCCAAAAGUGAAUUUCUGGGAGACUUCGAUUCCAGAUUCAAGAAUCUUCUGAAGAAAUGUAUUGGUAUCUUUCUUUCAUUUAGUAUUUCAAGAGUGGUAAUACAAAAAGUCAUAUCUUGCCAUUCCAGUUACCCUUUCCAAGGGUGUCAUAAAGCUUUUGUCUACUUGGAGUAUGAGUUAUUUUGCAAAUUUCUUCAGCAUGCACUUAUGUAUGUUAAAGAAGAUACGUUGCCUCUCAUUCUGCCUGCCAGUGGCUUGGCUAGGUGUUUAGCUUGAGACAGUUCUAUGUGUACUUCAGAAAUGGAAUACCAGAAAAGAUUGUGCUCCUGUAAACAGAAUUUAUCCUAUUGGAUGGUCUUGGCUGGAUGUCUUCUAACACCCAUGGCUGAAGCUGCAACAUUUCAUAUAACUGCUCUUUGAAUCUGAAAAAAAACAAAACCAAUCUUCUAGCAUGGAAACCUGCCUGCUUGGGUUGAAUUAUUUGUAGACAGUGAAACAAGAGUAGAGAUUGACAUUAUUUCUACCAGAAGUCAAGUGGCUGUUGGAAAGGCUGGGGAAAGUUGGAAUUAGAGUUAAGUUUCCUAUUUUUUGAAUGGAUGUGCUUAAAUCCAAAGCUGCCAUUAUCUUCUUAUACUAUUAAGGCUUUAGCACAUGUCACUUUAUUUAUACUAAGUAAUUUUUGGUUUUAUUUUGGAAAAGUUCAUAUUGGACUAAAUAUUUGGGAGGAGGAGGGAAUUUUCCAUUGGAGUGAGGACAAAAUAAUUCUCAAAAUCUGUUUCAGUGCAGAAAGCUUUUUUGGUACAACUUCCAAACCUACAGAUAUCUUUUUCUACAACUUGCAUUAUUAUGCUAAACUUGGACUCCUAAAGACAUUUAAUGUAAUAAAAAAUGGCACUGUAAUUUAAAAAAUGGCAUAGAGAAUUAUCAGGGCACACAUUAGGUAAAUUAAAAGCUGGCUCAAUGAGGAAUCAAAAACUAGAGUUUCUAAUGCGAAGAUGUAGAUGAAUCGGGCUCAUUAGGUUCUGAUAGGGCUGGAUAAUUGUUGGGAAGGACAAGUCGAAGUUAUUAAAUGAUAUUAAUCCCCUGGUAUAAUGGCCAAAUUCCAGUAAAAUGCACUUUAUUAUAACCAGAUGAAGUAUAUUUGAAGGAAAUGAAAUAUAUCUGGCACCAGAGAAACAUAUCUGUCUCUGCUACAGAAUAAUGGGGCUUUGUCCUGGAAAGCAGUGACCUAAUGGAUUUAGGAUGAUCAUAGAAGAUCAUCUCAGUGUGAGCUCUCAGCAUAAUGCUGUCACAAAGAAGGGCAUUCCAUUUCUUGAACACUUAAAAAGUUAAGGAGCAAAGCAAUUAUUCCACAUCAUAUCAGUAAAAAACUGUGGGUUUGGUGUCUUGCCAUUAAGACAGAUUGGAAUUGAGAGAUUUCAGAGGAUGAUUAAAAAUGACCCAGGCUUUGGGAAACCCUGUUAGGAGUUUGCCUCACAUAAAGGCAUUCAACCAGGAACCUCAGAGAUGACUUGGUAUCUAUAGGUAGACAUUUAAAUAAAAAAGAUUCAACUCAUCAAACUGUGACGAAGGAAAUUAAAUCCUCUGUCCUAGCAACCAGGAGCUUUAAGCAUUGUAAGCAAAAGUUAAGGGAGGCAAUGAACUCGAAGCCAUUAAAACUAGGCGAUUGGGCUUUCUAAAUGACAAAUUAUAGAUAAUCCAGGGGAAGAUUCUGUGGGCUCUGUAUGGGAGGUCAAGCUAGAUGGCCACAUUUCUGUGAUUUUUAUUCUAAGAUUUAUUUUAGUGAUUUUAAACAGCAAAACUCCCCCUACCCAGUUGUUUUUAUUAUCAUAACUUAGUCCCUGGGAUAUAAAAAUCAAUUAUUUGAGAAGGCAGGGUGCCUCUGGGUAAAGUAAUGGCAGUCCUUAGUGAUUCAAAAAUAUACACCUGGGAAAUAUGAGAUAUGAAAAUUUGGAUUAAUACUGACCAUAACAAAGAUACUGGUGAAAUACAGUUAAACUUUACUGUGCUCUAGAUAGUAGUAGAAGUCAGUAGAUUUCAGAGCACAAAUAUGUUUGUGCUAAUUUUAUCUGUAUUAAAAGUCAACAGAUGUGAUAGCAAUGAUAAAUAUUUUGCUUAUAAAAUAUUCUGGUGUUUUUAAUUCAAAAAACAUUUGCAACUGGAGUUCUAAGCUUUUUUGAAAUUCCGCAGAGUUCUAUGACUUCUAUAAACCACUCUGGAUAGAUAUACGUAGAAGUUCAACAGACAAUCAUCCUUGCUCAUCACUAAAAAAAUUGUACUAAGCUUUAUUAGAAAAUUUUUCAAAACUAAGAAUAUAAAUAUAUAUUUAUUUACAUAUGUCACAAUAAAAAUACUCCACUGGCAGUAUAGUGAAACAACAGGCUCUAAAUAUUGAUACAAAAACUUUUAUUUGAAACACAAAAUAGUGUACGUGUUGAAAGACAGGUUGUUUAGUAUUGUGCUGUUAAAAGAUCAGUUUAAAGGACAUAAUAAAAAUAGUAAACUUUUAGGAAAGUAAAACUCUUCUCUAAUAUUAAAGAAUUUCAUAGAAUAAAUAAACUAAAGCUUUUACUGACUAAUCACUGAAAAGCAGUUAACCAGCUUGCCGUUGUAGCAAAGAAAUUUCUUGCCAUUAUAGCAAAGAAAUGUAACUUUUUAUUGAGAAUGCAGCCUAAUUUAUUGCAUAUUGAUGAAGGAACUUUAAUUAAACACUUGAUUUAGUUUUGAUACUUUUCACUCAAUUUGUUUGAAUGCAAAUAACUCCAUGUAGUGCAAGACCCAGGGUACAGCAAGCAGGGAGUACACCCUUUUGCAUUAAAUAAGGCCUUGAAAGUCUUUUGGCUCCAUAACUGAUUGAUGCAGCAGAAGAGCCAGAUUGUGGCAGAAAUCAGAAAAAAUAUGGAAUGCUUGACUGUAAUUCUGGGGUGUAAAAAUGACCAGGAAGUGAAGCAUCUAUGAAAGAAAUCUGUUUUCUCUAUUUUGCCCAGUAUUCUCCAAGCUCCUUAUCGUCCUAUUGUCGUCAACGUGUUUCACAAGGCGAAGAUUUACUCUAAGUCAAAAGUGUAGAAACUCCUCUUUAUCAUGAGAGGAAGGAUUUCAAGUAAGAAAAGCUCUGUAAUGGAAAAAGUUAAGAUUUUGUGACUGUUCUUGACCCUGUCAGAGGGAAAAAUCCAUGAAUUUGGAGAUCGGAGGAGAGGGAGAAGAGAGGAGGGUUGAUUCUUCAUAUGCGACUUCUGUUCAUUUUGUUUAAAUCUUGUUUGGCAAUGCAUAUUGCCAGUGUGAGUGUUACAGCAAGAUCUGGGCAAAGCUUAUUUUCUCUGUUUCUUAUUUCCCUGAUCUGUGAAGUGGAAUGAUAAAACAUGAUAACUGACAGGAGAGCUAUGAAAAAUCACCAGUUAAUGUUCCUAAAAUGUGUCAUGAGUCUUGUCCCCAGUUCUAAUAUCUGUCUGUAUUUCUUUCUGUUGUGAUUUCACUAAAUUUAAAAUGGUUGUAGUUUUUAAGUUGUCUUCCCCAAGUCAGUCAGUGGUGGCUUCCAGCUUAUAUUAAGUGCUUUUAAAACUACUGUUAUUUCCUUUUACAUUGGGGAAAUCAGCAUGUCAGGGUAUGACUCAUCUCACCUACCUUCAGCUGUAUAAGACUGAGAGAGUCUAGUCCAAGCUGUUUGUUCUCUGAAGUAAAGAGAG